AUUGUAGUCUUUAUCGCCAUCACUUGCUUCUUGUAGAGGGUCGACAUGAUGAACAGUUUUGAAGAAAAUACCUUUAGCAUAAACCUUCAAUUUUUGUUUUUCCUUUUUUAGAAUCCUGUGCUGUUCGGGGAAACACUGAGAAAACAUUUGGACCCAAAUGGCGAGUUUUGCGAUGCGGAUUUAUGGCUCGCGUUACAUCAGGUAAUCAGUUAACUGCAACGCGACAUACUAAUCCUAAUUCUUGAAAACGGGCAAAGAAAGCGAGAUUUCGCGUGAUACAACUCAAAUUGACUCACUUGUGAUUAAAGUCGACAUAUUUAAGGUGGAUUAUUUAAACCAAGUUUAGGCAGCGUUUAUGAAAGGUAUCGUCUAACUCAUGUUUAAACCAUGAAUACCGACUAUUUAAACGUUGUUCUUCCCUAGUGGCCUUGUUUAGACCAUGUCUAAACACCGACUAAGGAACAAUAGAAAGUUAAACCUGCUCACAGGUAGGUUUAAACGCUAUUUAACGGUUUAUAUAUGGUCAUCCAUUUUGAAAUUGACGGACUACUGCGCAACAGAGAGUUAAGAGAUCAAGAGACUAUGCCAAUCGACGCAAUAUAUACAUGUUCAACAAAUUCCGCACCUUAGGGACAUAUUUGCCCUUUAGAGGAAUAAGAUUAAGAAGAUUUUGAUUGCGUUUUCGCCUUUUUGAAUAAAGGUAUUUCAACAUUAUACAAGGGGAGGUCUGCUGUUCCAAUUGUUUUUAGAUUUUAUACAACAGGAACUUUCGAGCAAGUUAUUGGCGAUUUAUUUGGUGUUUCUGUAUGUGCUACGUUCAUAGUCAUUCACAAGGUUUCAAAGGCUAUCGAGAAACGAAAAGAACAUUUUCUUUCAUUCCGUUAGAACUUGGCUGAUAGCAAGAGAGAGUUUUAAAAGAAAGUAUUAUGCAAUAAACAUUUUUUGGGGGGCGUUCGAAAAUUACUGUAUUCCUGACCAUCCUCCUUUUUCGUGAUUAUGGCUUUUUUCUUGCGAAUAACUUUAACGUCGGUAAGAGCUUUUCCUCCACUAGUUUCUCUGGGACGUGUUUUGGAUUCGGGGGAAGUGUUUUUGGAUUCUGAGACGUGUUGUGGAUUCUGGGAAUUGGCGAAGCUAAUACUAAUUGACACCAGGGGGUGCGUUGGAUUUGGAAAUCCGGAUUUAAAAUUUAUAAUCCGGAUUUCGGAUUUACAACCGAAUGCGAAAUCCGAAAACGGAUUUCAACGCAGAGAUAUUUGUUUUUGAAUCCCCUUUCUUUCCAUUUUUUGGGGAAAUCUGAAAAAGGAUUUGAAAAACAGUUCUUCUGAACAGCAGUCUUGCACGCGCAAGCAUAAUUAGCAAAAAGAAGACCACUGUUCACGACAAUAGUUUUGCAAAUCCUUUUUCGGAUUUCGGAGGUCGCGUUCGAUUGCAAAACCUGAAGUCCGCAUUUCAAAAUCUAAAUCCACAUUUCCCAAUCGAACGCAACCCAAGUGUCAUAACCUUUAUGCAAUCAUCGAUUAUUACUUUUCCACAUAUCACACAAAGAAAGAAAAAAAAGCUGAAACGGCCGUGGGAGCAACCGGGGGCAGCCUAUCAAAAUAAAGCUCAGAAAUUCAUCUUCAAGAUAACACAAAAAGUAAAGAAUACAAAUCAACGAUUUGCGAGAAACGAGCACUUGAACAUAUUCACCGCACUCAGAUGAUUUCAACGAACAAUUGUCGUCCGACGUCAUCCCGCGUAAUAAACCAUUUUACAGUUACAGGUAGAAACGAGGCUAGAGUUGACCUUGUUUUGAUAUAACCCUUCCUGCUUUCUUAUGUAAAUCAUGCUGUUCUUAUGCAUUGCUUUUAUGCUUAUUAGAACAGGAGGGCAUUUUGUGUGCGCAUGCGUGCAUCCGAAAAACGACAAUAGCGUUGGCGCAUCAAAUAUGAUGGCGGGAAAUCGAAAACUCCCGCUAAGUUACAGUCCUUUAAAAGCCAUUUCGUUGGUACCGUAUUUCCUACAAAAAAUGUUCUCCAUGACAAAAAUCGGACGUUUUCUAUGCGGGUUUUCAGUUGCAGAUUUUUCAGCAGUAGGUUUUCUUGACCCUUUCAAGACUUAAAAGACUGAGCGCCAAAAAUCACUGUUCCUGUAUCAGAUCUGAGUUUCACUGGCAAAGCAAUGCAUUUCAAUGGCUUGAUUUCCAAACUCAUGGUUUUACUUAUCAAUGGCAGUUUUCUUUGUUAGGCUGUGUGCAAACGGACGCAACAACGCGCAACAAUGUUGGGAGUUGUUGCGUGCGUGUUGGCAGUGGUGUGCAAACGGAUGCAACAACUCCCAACAUUGUUGCGCCAAAAAUGUUGGGAGUUGUUGCGUGCGUGUUGGCAGUGGUGUGCAAACGGAUGCAACAACUCCCAACAAUGUCGGGACCUGCGGUGCGUUGUGGGAAGGAUACAACCCAUAAGUCUUUGAAAACCAUGCGUAAUGCGCGUGCGCGGCCCCAACAAUGUUGGGAAGAGUUUCACUGGCGAAAAAUGUCUGAUUGGUCGAUACCAGACCACGUGACACAAAGUAAAUUCAACGUGGCGGCAAAGUCGUCCCUCGUGUGUUUAUUCCAGGAGAAAGAAGAAAAACUGGAGCCCUCCUAGGCGGCAUUUGUUUGAAUGGUCUAGACUUUUUACUAUUCUCCUUUUCCUCCUGUUCUUGUGAGAUUCGUUUACUGCAAUGUUUGCGUUUUGGUUUACCGGAUGCGACUAGACUGGCAAGACUCGAAUGUUCCCAAGGGGCGCGCUUCAUCAUGAAUGCAUAACAAUAUUGAACGCUUCAAAGUAUUGUACUGGCUUAUUACUUGAUAAUCCUACCGGUCCAUAGUUUUGUAUUUAGUUUUCUUUCCAUUUUAUUCUUUAAAACUUAUCAUGUGCUUGAUCCCAGUAACACAGUAUACUCAGCAACAAUCUUAGUAGUAAAAUAACACCCAAGAUGUAGAAGCAGAUCUAGAGAACAUGGAUGGAAUAUUAAUGACUUUGUUUUGUCGGUUGUUCAAGUAAUUAGUGUACAUGCAUGCUAAACCGCUACAAAGGAGUAAAAUGAAUGUUUACUUAUUUGUCCAAGUGUACAGAAUGUUUUUGUGGAUUUUACUCAGAAAACAAAAACCUGUCACAUAUUUUUAGGCUCACCAGUUUCUUAUAUAGAGGGGCCAAACUGGCAAAUUUUAGCCUAACAGGUUCUUAAAAAUCAGGUUCUUAGUCACGGGUUUUUACUGUAUAGUUUAUGAAAGGUAAAUUAAAGCAUGUCUGUUACAUUUGUUAACUGACAUAAUUAUGUUAGUUUGUUUUGAAAGCUUAAACUAUUAAGCAGGAACCUGCAUGUCAUGCUCCAAAGUACUAUUCAUCAAGAUGAUCCAUUAAAAAUUUUAUCUUUAGAACACAACAUAGAGCAAAGAAUGCUAACCCAAACUAUUAAUUUCUGUAAGUUCACUUGUUUUUUUUUAGGAGUGACUACCUUCAGAAAAUUUGCCAUAUCUUAUACCUUGAAAUGAGGAUUCCUUUGCAGCUGGUUAUCUUUCACUUAAUAUUUACGCCUAAACGUUAAACAGAAAAUUUAGAAACAGAGCUGCCUGUCAGAGAAGCCAUUUAAUCCAAAGACCCAUUAUCCACUCUCUAUCUGAGAUGUUAUUAGCAAGCAGAGAGGUAAACACAGAGAACCCAAAUCUCUGUGAUUGUCGUGGAUGACUCCAAAUCAAAUUUUUGACAGAAUGCUUUAAUCGACUCGUCGAUCCUUUUAAUUGCAAGCAUGACAGCUGUGCAGAGUGUCAACAGAAAAUGUCUAGCAUAGAUAAUCUUGACAUUAGUUGGUUCGAUCAAAAUAAAAUUUUUCAUCGCCGAAAGAGUCUAUUGUAGCAUUUUGCAAGACUCUCACGUUCUGGAAAUUCGAAGUUAAGCCUAAAAUGUCCAAAAUAUACAGUGCUAUAAUCUCAGGUUCAACUGAAGAAUGAAUUGUUCGAUCGAUCAAAAUCGUGUCAAACUUUAAUUAGCAUCAAAAGUAGGACAGUACGCUUUUAACACAAAACUGCCGCUUCGCCGUGCCACUCGGUACAAGUUAAUUUAUAUGUCAAAACAAAGUCGAAGAAUGUUGCUUUCCCCGCUUUAUAAUUUUCCGUUGUACCGAGAGGCAGAAAACUUAAACCAAGCGCAAACCUCUGCGAUAAACAGUGUAUGUGAGUUCAGAUUUAGCAGUCAGAAUAUUUUUGUUUUGAUCAAUGAAAAUGCGCCCGGAAUGGUAAGCUACCUCUUUCCUGCAUCUCUUUCCCUCUGCUUUUUGAUGUUCUGUUGUGUAGUGCUAUGUUCCGUUUAACUUGAACCAUGCAUAAAAAUUCAAAGAUGUCUAAAUGUUUACAGUGUGGGCAAACCGAAUGGUAGCCAAGCUGUUGCCGUAAAACACAAUCGUGUCGAUUUAUAACACAAAAAGGGUCUACGCGUUUUACAAAAAUGCCGCUUCCGCACAACUCGGUACACGCCAAUUCAUAUACCAAAACAAAGCCCAAUAAUUUUUCUUCCACUGCUAUAUAAUUUCUUGUUGUACCGAGUUGCACGAGACUUGCACUAAACAUAAAAGGAGAAAAUUACCCACCUUUUUAGCAUGCCCUCUCCUAGCAUCCAGCGAUCACAACGCCGAUCUCGGAUAAACGGAUCGAGCCAGUGUGUUUGCCUGAAAGUUCCAGGAUGCAUUAUCUACUAGACAAUACAUAGCACUAAAAAUUUCGACCAAAAUAGUUAUCGAUCUCUCACAGUGGCAACAAAACCACAACACUACCACUGACAAAAAGCUGCCAUUUCUUCUUUCAUCUAGCUUGACAAUGUUUCGCGGGGAUUUUGCCUCUAAGCCAAUGACUUUGCCGGAAAUCGACCAUGUGAUCUUUGUCGUGGCGCUUGCGUAGACAUUUUUCGCCAGUGAAGGAAGAGUUGUGCAAAUGGAUCCAACAUUGUGGCGCUACGCUUCGGCGAUCACGGAACAAAAGAAAUGUUGGGAGUUGUUGGCUGAAAAGUUUGACCGCUUUCAAACUUCGCGCAACAACAUGCAACAGGGUGUGCAAACGGUCGCAACAUGUAACAUCCAACAAUGUUGGGAGUUGUUGGCCAACAAUUUUGCGUCUGUUUGCACGGGGCUUUAGUGUUGUCCCAGUGCGGCUUUUGCUCUUCAGCACAGCGGUUUUGUACCACGUGAAUGGCUCGCUGCAAAGGACCUGUAACAGUAAUUAUGCACUACAUUAAUCAUGAUUAAUCACUUGAGCAUUUCAUAAGCUCACUUGGAGGCAAAACAAAUGUACCCUGAAAAAAAACGAACAGUACUUUUAUUUUUCUUUAAGUCUAAAGGAUACAGAGAUUUUUCCUAAGCGACUAUUUUGAAGCGACUGACUUGAGUAACAGCAGUGCUCGAAAUGAACUGUUGGGUCUGGUCUUCCACAGGACCAGUAGGAUUAAAAUUUACUGUUCGAUCAGCAAAUCUACUUAUCACUCUUAUCAUUUCCAGUUUUCUGUUGACUCUGAAGGUGACUACCGCACAGGUUGUCGAAACGUCAGUCACUGUCAACAACAACAGUCCUUUUCAAGACUACGUUCACCCGGACGAUCAAACUCAACCUACUUUCGAAAUGACUCCUGGGUUCAAACCUUUCACAGUUUCUUUUGAAUGUAUGCCGUUUUGUGUCUGCAAGUUAAAAAAUGAAACUGAAAUCAAAUAAACACAACCGUAGUAUUUAUUUACCCGUACAUAGCGGCCAAAACAAGUGUCUUACAGUAUGUCCUUCACUGACUUCACUGGCCUCAUGUGCUUUCAGGCUGUCUGUUUGGACAUUAUUUCUUUUAUUUUCUUUUCCGUCAAACCUCAGCCAUUUUUAUCUCUCCUUCCAUGUCUUCUGGGACUUGCGUGUUUUUUGGUCGAAGCAGGUGUUUAAAUACUGUGUUCAUUUCUUUUUUAUCUGAUGAUUGCUUCCUCCAAAGAAAGAGUACAGUGAGCUUUGCACUUGUUUCCGUUUUACUUUGGCUCACGUUGUAAUUCACUAAAGAAAGAUAGAUACGGAUCUUCGAAACAAAAAGCCGCCAUCUUGUAUCCCACAAUGCAUUUUGUUUCAAGUAGAACCCAGACUUUUAUUUGGCAAGAGAAAUGCCAAACACUUUUUACCUGUUUGGUUUUGAAAUAUUUGCCUUUGGCAAGUCUUCGUUUGUUUCAAGGCUUUUAGCACGUUUUAGUACGAUACCAAAAACAAAACCACAUUUCUCAGAGAGUGAUGACUUUACUCGUCCAGAGGACUAGUGGGGAAGAAAACUACUCCUUUUCGGAAUUUUUAACUCGUUUUGGAAGAGUGGACGACUGAUAAGUUCGAGCACUGCGUAACAGCUCCUGUGUUCCACAAUCGAUUUCUUAUUAUUAAUUUAUAUUUGAUGACAGUAGUGAUGCAUUUAAAACAGAGAAUAGCCAUCACUCCAUAAAUCUAACUGACGAUGUUUGUUCAUCUUCAAAGCCUGUUAAAACAGAAGACAGGAAGUUUGUUAGAAGGGUGCAUAUAAUGCUGUUUCCUCAAAAAAGAAAUACUGCUGCUAAAGGACCCAAAUGAAUAGGGAUGUCACAACGAACAUGACACAAAUGGAUGGCGGUGAAUUUGUUUGUUAUUAUUGUUUCUAUUGACAGCUUUUUAGCGGAGCUCCCGCGCGCGCGAAGCACCAUGGGUAAGAAAAUUUGGUUAUGACGUAGCGUACGCCCACCCGUACACACACUUCAUUUAAGCCGAUGUCAAAUGUCACAAUAGAUCUUGCACAACUUGACUAGCCUUUCAGUUAUGUAAGCCAUCCGUAUGAGUACGAUUAGAUUGACAGCUGUCAAAAUCAGACAUCCGCUGACAAUUAUCACAUGACUAUGUCGCGGGCUCAGAUGAAAGACCAGUCGUUUUGCCCCUACAUAUAAGCUGUUAUAAUAUGUCACACUUGCCAAUUCAACAUAAAAACGAAACUACGCCGGGCAAGGCUGUCAGUUGGCUGACAGUCGUUUAAAGUUAUAUUGGGAAGCCAAAUUAAGGUCAAUUGACAGCUGUCAAAACAGGACAUGUGCAGACCAGUAUCAGAAAACUAAUAACGUGGGCUCAGGUUCGCUGAGGUACACGAUCUGGCAUUUUCUACUACAAGCCGGACGGAUAUGCCUUACUCACACUCGUAGUCUGUUAAUUCGAAUAUUCGCCAAUCUAAUUAAGGUUAAUUGACAGCUGUCAAACUAGAGUAUACGCUGACCAUCAUCACCUGAGUGUAUCGCGGGCUCAUUUUUCUAUCCAUUGAGUUCACGUAGUGUUUAAAGUUUUGCGCUGAUAUUUUAUUUGAUCACGUGCUCAAUUCGAAGCCCCAGAGGUUAGAAAAGGGACCUUAAGAUCCGACGACGGCGGAUGUCUACGACGGCGAGCGGAAGUUGGAAAUAUUUGCCUGCGCAUUUCCGGUAGCCGUCGCGUGAGGUUUCCCGCCUUAGCUGUGUUGUCUG